AUGGCAGGUGCCAAGGACGGCUCGUCGAAGCGCCGUGCAAAGGACGCCGAGAUGGAUACCUCCGCGAAGAAGAAGGCCAAGACGCAGGAAAAUUCGGAUAGCGGCAAGGCGGUGGUGCAUGUGCAGGAUAAGGACGCGCCGCUCGGCACGGUCCUCGCCUCCUUUGGCGAGUUCCAGCCAGGGACCUCGACCGACUUUUCUCUGUACCACGCCUCGGACAGCGGCGAGGACAACGGCGCGGCGACCAUGAAGGAUGGCCUGCUUGUCACGGGCGAGACGCCGACGGUGCAGUACCUCUCGACCAACUGGGACCUCGGCGCAUCGUCGAGCGCUCCGCCGGCGCUGCGCCGCGACACGCGUGGCUACUCGGGCGAGUAUCUGCUCGGUGUGUACGACAAAAAGACGCAGCAGGUAACGCUGCGUGCGGUGCCUGUCUUUACGCUCAACCGGUCGGUCAAGGCGCUGGCGGACGUGAGCGCAUCGGCGCUGCGCAGCGCCGCCGACGGCCUCGACUACUCGCGGGCGCGCCGCGACCUGGGCGAGGCGUUCGGCAACAAGAAGCAGAAGCAGGCCGCGCGCAACAUGGACCGGAUGAAGGUCAACACGGAGAAUAUGGACAGCGUGCUCGAGCACGUUGCGAGCGGCAUCGACGAGUCGGUCGCGAGCCUGCCGACCGAGAGCGAGCUCGCGGCGGCGCUCAACGCGAGCCGCGCGCUGCCCCAGGCGAAUGUCGAUGCAGAGGACCCCGCCGACGUGUACGCGCUCGACACGCUCCUGCCGCCGACGGUGCGCAAGGCGCUCGGUACCAAGGCGCUGCUUGCCUGCCAGUCGCAGUCGGAGCUCAGCAAGGCGCUGCGCAUGCUUCCGCAGCCCUCGCCGUGGCUCCUUCCGCGCCUCUGGAGUGUGGUGCAAACCGCACAGAACGACGGCGCGGCGUCCAAGGCCGCCGAGCUGGUCCGCGUGGGCUACUACCUGGCGCUCCUCCUGUCCUUCCGUCGCAACGCGCGCAGCAUCGGCAAGAGCGGCGACGAAAGCGGCAUGCUGCUUGCACAAAAGAUGCGCGUGCCGGACCGCGAGAAGGAGGUCCUGAUGGACGACCUCUUGUCACGCUUUGCCGAGAAAGCGCGCGGAUCGCAAAAACCGGUGAUGACGGCGACGACCGAGACCAAGCUCUUUGCUCAUAUCCUGGUGCUCGCGCUGCACCUGGACGAGUUCAGCGUCGCUCCACAGCCUCUAGCGCAGGAACUGAGUGUGCCUACACAACGGUACACACAGCACGAGGUCGACGACGACCAGGUCGUCACGCAGCAAGUCAAGCGCUGGCGCCUCAAGGUCCCCGUCGUCUUCCCCCAGCAGCGGAAACGCGGACCGCCUCGCCGCUAG